GUCUCAUUAAUUCUCACCCACUAAGUCCCACCCCCUGUCUCUAAUUUCCACCCCCUGUCCCACUAAGUCCCACCCCCUGUCUCAUUAAUUCUCACCCACUAAGUCCCACCCCCUGUCUCUAAUUUCCACCCCCUGUCCCACUAAGUCCCACCCCCUGUCUCAUUAAUUCUCACCCACUAAGUCCCACCCCCUGUCUCUAAUUUCCACCCCCUGUCCCACUAAGGCCCACCCCUUGUCUCAUUAAUUCUCACCCCCGUCUCACCCCUUGUCUUAUUAAUUCUCUCCCACUAUGUCCCACCCCCGUCUCAUUAAUUCCCACCCACCCGUCCCACUAAGUCCCGCCCCACUGCCCAGUUCUUGCCCACAGAUCAGGACACUACAGGCGGGCUGUGGGAGGGGCUAUGAAACAUUACGGCCAUACAGAUAAGACCAAGGUGCAAGCGGAGCCGGCUGGACCCUCCCAGGGGGGCUGGGCAGAAUGGAAGGGGGCUUGAGUGGUGGAUCCAUGGUGCAGCCUCCCAGCAGAGGUAUAAGCCUAGAGUUGGCUCCAUAGGGAGAGCUGUGCCCCUGCCGGGGGGCAUAUACAGAUGGCAUUUAGUUGCUGGGUUCCGCCCAAACCUGUGACCCAUUAUUAGAACUGCCCUCAGGGCUCGGUCACGGUUUGGUUCUGGCAAAUGUGUGAUUUCCAUAUCCCAUUGGUUCAGGUCACACUCACUGUCUCAUAAAUGUACUCCCUGCUCUCUCCCAGUCAGUCUCCUGGGAACCCCCGGCCCCAGGGCUGGCUAUUAUAUUCAUCUGCCCCAGCCUUCUCCUGAGAGCCUGACUCAUCUCAUCUGGGGGUGAGAGUCCGACCCAGCAAAGGUAUCAGCCUGAAGAGGAAGAAGCCAGAGAUGGAGAAUGCAGAAGAGAUGCAGCCUGAGACUGCGGCUCAGCGGGCGGCCCGCCUGCCCCUCAUACACUCCGCCUCCCAGAUACUCUCCUUUGCCUACCAGGACGUCAAGAACCUGCACCCCAUGGUCCGUUAUGUGUGCGGCCUAUCAGAGCGCGGCGUGAAGCUGGCCAGCCGAGUGGCAUUGGCCGGGGCAUCCCCUGUGCUGAACAGAAUGAAGGCCCCCAUUUCCGUGGUGAACAAGGUGGCCCUGCGGGUGGUGGAUGAACUACAGGUGCAACUUCCCGUGCUGGACCAACCGGCCGACGAGGUGGUGGCAGAUUUGCGGGACCAGCUGACUGGCGCAGUGGGCGGAGCCAGGGAUCAGGUGGUUAAUGCCCUGCAGAACGCACAAGAUGGCGCCAAGGGAUUACUAACAGAAGCGCAGGAUGCGGCCCUGUUGGCUGCCACCAUGUUGGGCAGUCUGGGCAUCGGAGAGACACUGCGCCUGGGGGCAGAGAGGGUGGUCUCGCAGGCAGAGACACUGGUUGAUACUUACCUACCGGGGGAGGAGGAUGAGUAUGAAGCAGAGGCAGGGUCGGGGGGCAGCAGCGACGAGGAAGGGGAGGAAGGAGCCGGAUCCGCCAUUUGGCUCGUAGCCAGAACCUGCUUGCUAGUCGGUACCAUUGGAUCCAGAGGGCUGAAGAGGCUGAAUGUGUAUCUGUACUGGGCCUGUACCAUCCUCACCGGAACCCUCGCUCUCCUGCUGAGUGUGCCCUUUAAGCUGGUGAGCCGGUUACAGAGUCUGAUUAGGGGCCUGCUCCUCCCCCAGAUGUCCAAGGAAGAGCCAAAAUCCAGAGCGAGCUUCAAGAAGAAGAUCAACACUCGAUCCAGGCUGGUGAGAUCCCCAAGGAGCAAGAAUCAAGGGGUGUCUCUGUUCCGUGUCUCAGCCAAUGGGAGGCGCAUUAUCUCCGAGUCUGAUGAUGAGAGGCCCCCCCUUGUUAGAUCCAACAGAAGGCAGAGUCUGGAGAGUGGGUUCUACAGGUCCAGGAUUCUGGAAGAUUAGCUUGGUACCUCUUACUGCGUGGGCAGAACCUCAUUGGCACAGUCAGGAACCCUCAAGUACACUGCCCAAUCAGGUCUAGGGGCUAUUAAUAUUUAUCUUGUGCCACCAGGGGCAUCUAUGGGGGUGUCUGUCACUCUGAGCCGGGCAAUGGCUGGUCCUACACCAUGUUCCUAUCACUAUCCUAAUAAACACAUUACUGAUCAUA